AUGCUCAAGGGCCAUCCUAAUGCAGCGGGCGGAGCAAAGGCGGCGUCCACGUCACCGCCGCGGGAAUGGCCUCUCUGGAGUGUCCACGUGGCACUGGCGGUGGUUAUGCUGAACAACGGCGUGUACCACGUGUUGGCGAAGCGGGCGCUAGCAGAGGGCGUGCAUGCGCUCGUCUUCUGUGUGUACCGCGACGCCAUUGCUCUGCUCGCCCUGCUGCCCGCCGCUGCCCUCACCGAGAGGCAGGGCCGGGGAGGCGGUGGGCGUGCAGCAGCGGCUGCUGGGGUGUGUGCGCCGCCAUGUGCUUGCAUUGGUGCUCGCUGCUGGAUGAGGGGCGAGCGAGGCUUGGGAUGGGAUGGAUGGGUUCGUGUGUGUGAGGUGCGUGCGUGCUCGCGUUCUCUCUCUGCUCUGCACCUGUGGCAGCAUAGCGUGAGUGGGAUGGGAUGGCUCGGUCCCAGCAUCAUCUCAUGUCACCCAAGCUGCUCCUACCCUUCUUUCUACUCGGCCUCACAGGGUAAAAGCUCUCCUUCAUCUCCUCGUCCCCCUCUUCGCCCCCCUCUUUCUCCUCCCUUGCCAUCACCCCUGCCCCUUCUGUCCACUUCUCCGCUCGUUUCCACGUUUUCAACUUGCAACGUCUCGUUGUCUCGCGGAUUUUCUCUGCACGCACAUGUGACUCUUCCCCCUCUGCACGCACAUGUGACUCUUCCCCCUCUGCACGCACAUGUGACUCUUGCCCCUCUGCACGCACACGUGACUCUUGCCCCUCUGCGCGCCAUGCGGCAGAUGCAAGACAUCCUGGGCAACCAGCUGCUGUUCCUGGUAGGGUUAAACCUCACGGGCCCCACCACAGCAGCGGCACUGCAGCCGUCCAUCCCCGUCUUCACACUCCUCCUCGCCCUGCUCCUCGGCACCUCCCCCCUCCUUCCUCCGAUUUCCUCUCUGCGAGCGCUGCUGCGCCCCGCGCUAUGCAGUCUGGCCUUACUGACCCUGCAUAAUCUUCCCACAGCAGUGCACUCUCUGAACCUGCAGCAGCGUGUUCCUCACAAUUCUCACGGCACUGCACCCCGUGCUCCUGAAUCGACUCAAAGUUCACCUCGAAAUUCACUGCUGGACCGCUCUGCUCCCCGUGCCGUGCCGUGCAGCCUGGACUCCUUGAACCUGCAGCACUGGCGCGACCAGGUGCGCCUGGUGGGGCUGGCGCUGUGCGUGGGUGGGGCCGUGCUCAUGGCAGUCUUCCGCGGCCCGCUGCUUCUGGGGGAGGGCGGAGAGCAGCAGCAGGGGGACACUGCGCUGCUGCAGCAGCAGGCCGCACUACCGCCUGGUGUUGAAGGGGCGGGUGGUGGUGCUGGUGAUGGGGGAGUGGGAGGGGGAGGAGAAGGGUGGGUGGCGCCAGGGUCAGUGGGAGCAUGGAGCAUGGGGGUGAUGUCGCUGGUGGGCAACUGCAUGAGCAUGGCCGCCUAUCUCACUAUCCAGGUGCCGGUGUUGAGGCGCUUCCCGGCGCCAGUGACAGUGACGGCCAUGGCGUACGCGAUGGGCGCGCUGCUCAUGCUGCUCAUCGCGCUGCUCUCCUCGCCGCCCUCCUGGGUCAUCACCGGCUGGCCCCUCGUCGCCGUUGUCUUUGCGGGCGUGGUGACAUCGGCGCUCAACUACGCACUGAUGACAGCAGCCAACAGGCGGGUGGGGCCGGCCACAGUGGCGCUCUACAACCCGCUGCAGCCCGUCGCCAGCGCUACGCUCGCCUACCUCUGCCUAGCCUCGCCCAUCUUCCUUGGCAGUGUCAUCGGGGGUUUCCUGGUCUUAUCCGGCCUGUACCUGGUGGUAUGGGGACCCAAGGGCCAGGAGCUCAGCAGCACCCAUCACCAUCACGCUCCUGCUGACGAUGCUGCCCUCGCUGCGGUUGGAACACCGGUGGGUCAAGAAGAACCGGAAGCUGUGCUUCUUUUAGACAUGCAAACAGAAGCAAGCCAAGGCGAACCCACAUCCUUGUGA